GGGAGACACAUGGCCUGAGAGGUCAUGAGCUGAAAGCAGAAGGGAGGAACCGGCAGAAUGAUUCCUGGAUUGUGUCGGUGUAAGAGAAAGCAGAAGAAGAAGAAGAGCCAGAUCCCCUCGCUGAGAGAGGAAGAGAGACAGAUGGACUACCUGUUAAAUCCAUCUGCAUUUCCUCCAAGGUCCCCAAUGAUGUUGUGGAAAAUGGAAAAUGUGUUGCUGUCCAAGCUCGUGGACAUCCAGACAGGGACCGAGGAUCACAGCUGCAGCCGUUCCCAGCUCUACUGAACCAUGGUCGGUCUCAGGCCCUGGUACCUCAGUCUCUGGUACCUGAUCCUGGUCCAUGUGCUUCUGCUGCAGAUUUUGCCCGUCAUGGUGCAGGGAGUCGAUCCUGUGAGCCAGAAACUACGUCGCCUCACUGAGCAGUUCCAGCAGUUCCAGGCGCUGACCCAGGCCCGGUUGCACAUGUUGGCUCUGAACCAGAACAGAAGGAACUCGUCAGGGGGGCUGGAGAGCCGAGUUCAGGCUUUGAAUGAGCGCUGGCAGCAGACAUCGCAGGACCUCAAAGACCUCCAGGAGAGCACGAAGCAGGAGAUCGGGGGGCUCAGAGAGUGGAGCAGGAAGCUGGAGAAGAAGAGUAAGCGUAUGGAGGGUCGUCUUGCUUUGAUGGAGAGAAGCCUGAGGGAGAGCCGUCGCUAUGCCCAGAAACAGAAGGCUGAACCAGUCCAGGACUUCUCCAACCUCACCCUGGAGCUCCAGGGCCAAGAUGAAAGACUUGCCGCCCUUCAGGACCAGCGUGACGAGCUGCUUGUUGGGCUUAGAGGGCUGCAGGAAUCCCUGAAAAACCAGGUGCUGCGUGUGACUCGGCUGGAGGGUCGGCUCAAGGAGGCCGGUGGGGAACAUCAGAAGUACUUUGAACCACACAGGAGAGGUCCGACACAUAGAGGAGGAGAUCCUGAAAGGAUUCGGGAUAGGCAAACCCAAUCAGGAACUGAAGGGGUCACCAAUCCCUACACUGAUGAUCACUCAAAGGCUGGGAGCAGAAACCAGGGAACACCAAACCAGCCUAAACAUCCAAAGGCCCAGAAACCAAGACCUCACAUAGAGACUAAUCCACAUAAACAAGUCCAGUAUCCUCAUCCUGAAGCUGAGUCCACAGAUUACCUUCCUCAUCUUGAGCCUUACAACCCCCAAUCGCAGAUCCAAGUCCGAGCCAAGAUCAGGUCAAACCCUAUUCAGACUCUGCCUGAUCUCAACGCCCAGAUCCAGCCCCAAAAUCAACAACGAUCCCAGGCUCAGUUAUAUCAUCAUAGACAUCCCUCCUGGUUCCAGCCCAAAGAUGACAAACCCAGCAGGACUAGGCAUGAAGCUCAGCAUCUGUUAUCUUCAGGAGUUCUCCCUGAGCCUUGGCCUGAGUCUCCUCAACCCGAGGUGAGUGGGUGGAACGGAGGAGAGGAGCAAGAAAAUGACACAAAAAGGGAGUCUUCAGCGAUCCACGGCUUGCUCCAGCUUCCUGUCAGGCAGAAGAUCCCUGCAAGACCAGUUCCAAAAAAGGAUGCAACAAUCUGCAACGUAGACUCCAUGCUUUUCUUCCCCACGGCCUCAGCAGAGAACUACGUCACCUUCUCCCUGACUCUCCCUGACCUCCAUGAACUCUCGGUGUGUUUAUGGCUCCGUGUGGAGGCCCAGCAUGUCGGCACGCUGCUCUCUUAUGCCACAGAUGAUAAUGAUAACCAGUUAGUCCUGUACGGACGCAGCUCCUCUGCCUCUUCUGGAUCUCUCUCUUCUUCUUCUUCCUCAUCUUCCCAUCCUUCUGCCUCCUCCUCUUACUCCCUGGACUUUGUCAUCGGAGACCCUGUCCAUCGCAGUCUCCCUGUGAGGUCACUCCUAGAUGCUCGCUGGCACCACCUCUGCGUCCUCUGGUCCUCCAUCCAGGGUCGUUUUUGGUAUUACACAGACCGGCAACUCGCCUCCUCGGGGUCCAACUUCGGGAAGGGCUGGGAGGUUCCUGGAGGUGGAUCAGUGGUGCUGGGUCAGGAGCAGGACACUGUAGGUGGAGGGUUUGACCCUGUAGAGGGUUUUGCUGGGCAGGUGGCAGGGUUCAGGAUGUGGAACCGGGUGUUGAGUCCUGCAGAGGUGGAGGGUGUAGCAGAAGGCAGAGGUGUGCCCAGAGGGGUGGUGCUGGGCAUGGAGGACAUAAAGGAGCUGCAUGGAGAGGUGCAGCAGGUGUCAUGUGAAUGUUUAGAGCAUUGUGGUUAAAAAAUACAACAAGGACAAUUCAAAUGGAAAGUUAAUCCAGAACAUACUUACUGGCAGAAGUCACCGAAUCUCUUUUAUAUUUCAUUUUUCAAAUUUGAAGGAUUUAUAAGCACUGUCAUAUUCUUUGUGUGUGCCCACAUCUUGCUUUUUGGCAUGUGUAGUUUGUUUUUUAGAAAGUCCAGACCACAGACUGUAUAUAAAAUGGACGUCAUCGCUCAGCUUGAAGUGAGGGCACCACAAAAACUGCUCCCCCUGGU